CCCCCCCCGCUUGUGUCUUCUACUACUGCGCAUGCGUGCACACCCUAAAAGGUCUGCUGCUGUAGGAGAAAGACGAUCGAGUGUGAAUGGAUGUUCAACUUUGACCUCUUGAAUUAAUACCAAAUGUGCAUAAAAACAUGGUGCGCUUGAAGAAUAGGUAUGUCCUUGGCGAGUUGAUUCUAGAAGAUGGAAAGAUGGCAACAGAGGCUAAACUCAACACAUACGUGACACAGCAGGCCAUCAAAGCAGCUGUACAUCAGUUAUAUGGUGACUUUGGUGUCGGUGCUGUUACUGCUGGUUUUAAUGUCAAGUAUGUAGGACAACAGACCAAUGUUGUACUGAUCAAGAUUCGUCAUAGAGCCAUCAAAUACCUCACUUCCUCUCUCCCCUUUGUCACAUCAAUCUCCAAGGUUCCAUGUUGUUUCCUAACUCUUCAUGUUGCUGGUACCAUGAGAGCAUGCCAGAAGUUUCUAAUAAAGCAUGAUAGAAGGCAGUUGAAGAUUUUGUUCAAGAAUAGCAAGACACAGGCUGAGCGGAAUGCAGUGUUAGAUGCUCUUAAACAAUGUCAGGUCAAAGAAACAGCAUGGGUUGAGCCAAAAGAUGAUUCUGAUACAGAUGAUGAUGCCAGUGAAGAGCGAAGGUGACCUUUGUAAGACUUCCUAUACAUGUAUACGGACAGAAAAACUGUUACACUGUGAGAGCAAAGAUGAUGUAAUGGUAGCUGAACAACAGAAGUGAAGUCUCUCUUUUAGUGGAUUGGUCAAGUGACAAGGGCAGAAAACUGUCUUUCUUUGAGAAAUACGGAGAGCUGAACUAAAAUGCAAGGAUGAUGCAAUUAUGGUUGAACAACAGAAGUGUCAGAGAGUCUGUAAUGAUGAGGGCAGAAAGAUGACCAAAGGUGUUUUUUUUUCUUUGAAAUUUAUAGGGAAAAUCUUAAUUUCAAAAGCAAAAAUAAUGCAACUAUGGUUGAAUGACAGGAGUGGAGUCUCAAAAUGGCUUGGUGUAGUGUGAGGGGUAAUUGUCUAGGACCAGAUCAACAUUUGGAAAAUCACAGUUGCAUGUUUACAGAAGUGCAGUUACUUUGUGAUUUUGUGAAUAAAGGAAAGUAAUAGGAGUAUAGUAGAAUGAAACACAUGUAGAAAUCAAGACGAAUGAUAUUGUAUUGCUAGGAUGAUGCAAAUGCCCGAAAUGUCUGUAGAUAUGACCGUUAUAUCUGUAAAUUUAUAACUAGACCUACUUUACUGGGUCAUAUUUGGAAAUACCAAAAACUGACUUAUUGAUAUGUCACUCUCUGAAAAUGAUUUUACUCUUUGUAUUAUACGGGCCUUAUUUUGAAUCAGAAAAAUAUGAAUCAUGAAGAAUACUGUGAAAAAAAGUUGUGAAAAUUAAAGCAAAUUCUAAUAAAAACACAAUUGCAAAAGCAAAAGAAUUGCCUAUCAAAUCUGUUUGCAGUGUUUAGCAUGUGUGUGCCAAACUUUACCAAACACUUAGAUUUUUUUUUGUAUAAUUGCUUUAUCAUGUGUAAUAUUUUGAUGUUAAGAACACAAAAGUUGCAUUUUAAAAAAUAUAAAACUGGGUUCUCUAUAUCAUAAUUUAAAUAGCUUUCAAGUGUAUUUCCAGUUGUAAAUCCCUAAGAAUGUAAACUAUUGACUAGUGACAUAGAUAUAUACCAAUAUUGCUUUAUUUCUAUUGAUUUUAGUAUUAAAUCACCAUCAUAUUAGCAUUAGCCACUUUUCAAAAUAUUCAAGUGGUCUUGAGUUUCAUGAUACACAGGACAAGGAAUUCAAUAUUUCCAUUUUGGGAGUUGAUCAUAUAUUAGUCUAUGAAUGCUGGUCUUCAAAGCAUUGAUGAUGAUGAAUUAGAACUGAAAAAGUUAUGAUGAAAUGAAAUGAAAGUUAUGGAAAUCCUGUCCAUUUGUUAAUAUAGACCUAUAUUUUUUAUAAGCUUUUAGUUUAUAAAAGUUUACAUGGGAGAAGAUAUUUUAUUACAUUAAAACUACCGGUAGUCUAAUAAAGCCCUACCUUUUAUUUGACAACAUAUAGAGCAAGGUGGUUUUGUUUUAUCAUUUCAUCUCUGUAGUUAAAGUAAAUAAGCUCCCCUGACCCAGGUUAUAUGUCAGGUCAAAGAUGCUAUAUUUUCAAUUCAAAAAGAAUGUUAGUACGUGAACAGUGUCUUGAUCAAUUUGCAGUGGCUAUCAAGGAUGUGAUGGAAGUUCAGUGUGAUAAAUGAGUGUAAUAUUAAGCUUUCAAUGUAUAACUGAAACGUCCUUACAUGAUUAGAGUUGUUUGGAUGGGAUGCAUGAUCCAUGUUCUUUUAUAAAAGUCAGAUUCACAUUUAGCUUCAGCUGGUAGUUGAAGUCCUCAGUUUCUUUUCAUUUAUAAUCCACCAAUUCUAAAUCUGUAGGGUUCUCUCAGUCAUGAAAAAAUCCUGGAAACAUUUGUGGUCAUGGAGAGUCAGGGAAAAGUCUGGGAAUUGCAUUUACCUCUUGGCUAUGGCAGCUUUCCAUUUUUUCGUGUCUUGCAAAUCUCAUACUCUGCUCUUAGAAUUGGUGUUCAUGAUUUCCGUUUUUCCCAGUUUUGUGAUAUCCCAAAUUCUACAUAACUCCUGGGACAUCACUGUAAGUCAUGGAAGCAGCAAUUUAGUCAUUGAAAAGACAUGGAAUUCUGUUUUCAAAUUUCUGUUGGAACCACUGAUAUGAUAAGGGAUUAAGAUAGCCACUGUGAAAUCUCAGACCACAAAUCCAUAGAUGCAGCUUAUUUUAAUCAGUUUCUUUACUUACAGUGGAAUUCAAUAAUCUAAUUGAAUAAAUGAGCCUUAAUUAUAGAAAAAAAUUCAUACAGGAAUUUAAAAACAGGUGAUCAUUUCAUACUCAAAAUUCAUGUAGCCUUAAGAAAUUUUCAUUCAAAAAUGAAACUGGAAAAUAUUUGUGUGUCUGCUGAGAAACUAGAAUUUAUUGGAAUUCAUAAGUGAUUUCCCGAGCAACACAUUUAAAAAUGCAGACAAGAUAGAUUAUGGAUGGAAAGCUGACAACACAGUUCGAAUCAUUUUGAAUUUGUUCCUAAAUGUUAAAUAUACUGGUCAACAGUAGACCCUUAAUUUAGAUGGAAAUAAAAACUAAUUUUGGUGGUAUUUUGACAAUUAAACCUUGGUUUAAUUCUAGACUAAACAAGAAAUUUAGUCCACACAUCUGUGGAAUGCUGGGUAUCUUCUUACUUUUACAAUAUCCAUGAUAUAGAUAAGGUACAAAAAUACUGAAAGUAAUUUCAUUUUCAUAUUUUACAAUGUCAACUUUUUGCUGAAGGAUCUGAAUAAUUUUUACCUUGUCUUAGAGAAUGAGUUGACAGCUGGCACUCAAUGAAAAUGUGUAAGUUUGCCUAGUUUUAAUUGAUUAAACAAUGGCUAUGAUAAUAGCACCCUAGCCCUUUAAGCUGAUAUUCCUGGUCCAAUGACCCAUUUUAUCAAACUAUUCAUUGGUGAUAGAUAAUCUUACCAUCAACGGUAUCUUUUCAUCUUUCCAUAAUUGUUUUGAGCUAACGCUGACUAGCCGUAGAUGAGGUAGUAUCAGCAGCAUGGUAUCUACCAUGAUAAGGUUGAUUUUAAUUCACUGUAGAGCCAUGUUACCAUGGUGAAUUAAAUUUAUAGCAAAGUGUAAGUUAUGAUCAGUUUUUGAAACAACGUCUAUAUAGACUUGUCUCAUGAGCAGAUGAUUUGAAGAAGUAUAGUGGUAAUAAUUCAGAGGCUUCUCUGGGUUAAGCAUAUUUAGAGUCGAGAAGAGGGAAAAACCAUAUAUCCCCAUGGCAAUAGAUUUUAUUUUGAUGAAUACCCUCAAGUGGUGUUUGUCACAUUUCCAGUUUAUUAAUAUAUUAUAGAAAUGUAUUUGAAUUUUGCAUUCUCAAAAAUGUGUUUGUCCUAAACACUUCUGCGGAACAUUUCUUGUAAGGAAUUUUUGGAUAUUUUAUCACAAUAGUGACAAAGUUUUUUAGCCAAUAUAAGGAAAGUUGUAGAUCUGACAGCGAAUGUUGAUUAAAUAUUCUCCUGAUGCAGAUAGUAUGAAUUAAAAAUGUUUUAGUUGAUGUAUUUUCUGACUUUACAAUGAAAUUUAUUUUGGUCAGAAUCCCACCCAAAAUGAAAAUAAUCAAAUUUAUCUUCUCUUUUUGUAUAGGUGUAAAAUUAUAUCUCAUGCUUAGAAUUUGCUAGAAAAUUCCAGGAUCUUAUCUGUUUACAGCUGUCCGAUGUGCAAUCACUUAAAGAGUUCAGAAGGGCUUUUUCUUAAAAGAAAAUUCCUGAGAAUACUGUUGAAUUCAAAUUUUCACAGAAUAAAUGGUUAGAAAAAAGAUCACUACACAUUUAACCUUUACCUAACUCUAAAUCCUGUCUAAAAGAUUUGGUGAAGUUUUCAAACAUCCUUGAAGUAUCAGAUUGUGAGGUAUGCUGGCAGUCCUUGGCUCUACCCAACCGAUAUAUACCAGGUGCAAUUUUUUGUUGUUGAAACAACGGCCCUAAUUCACAUUAGUUUCAUUCAAAACUGCAGUUUCUACAAACCACCCUGUAAAUUCAGACCAGAAGAGAUUCUGGUUACUUCAAUCCCUUUUUUGGCAUCAAAAAUUUUCGUGAAUUUAAUAUUUCUGAAAUUUAUUGGCUCAUUGUUUAUACUUGCAUUAUCUCAGCAGAAUGAUAAAAUAUUUAUCUAUUAAGAGCCCUCUUGCCAAUGGCUUCAGUGUUUACAUCGUAAGUUUUAUACUACAAAGUAAAACUUCUUUUACUUUUUAUGCUAUGUCAUCAGUCUCAUCAAUAUAGCAUUUAUUAUUGAAAUAUAGGUGGGAUGUGCAAAGCAUUAUUAAUCACUCUAAAUUCUACUUAUAUGUGAUAUUUAUCAUUCAAAUGUGUAAACAUUAUUUUUUUUUACAAAUGACACUGUGAUGCAGCAUUCUGCACUUAUUCUUGGAACAAAUUAAACAAAAAACAAUAAUGAAACUUUGAUAUUUGUUGUACACUUCAGAUUUAUUGAUACUCUCAAUAAAUACUUUCCUUCUAUAUAUGUGUUCUACCCGACAUAUCUCUCAAAAUCAGUAAAGGAAAACAGAAAGAAAUGAAGCUAGAAAUGUGAAAGAAUUCUAAUUAUCUACGUACAUCCUAACAUAUAAUAUACUUCCCUUUGAAAACAAUCGAGAAAAUAUGCAAAGAAAAUUGCAUUUUUCACAAGGAAAGUGUGGUAAAACUGAGUAACAUGCAUCUCUAAAACUCACAUCAAAUAUCUUUCUGUGAAAACACCCAAUAAUCUUCAUGUAUGUACUAGAAGUCAAAUAUAAAAUGUGUUUAUAAAUAAAAAAGAAAUAAUGAUUUUUUUUAUAAUCUAUCUAACUGUUCCAAUGAAUUCUGAAUAAAGGCAAUUCAACUGCAAAAAUAAUCUAGAGUAUGAUAAAGUGUAUAUGUUUCACUAUAUGCACAAUAUAAUGAAGUUCAAUAAAUGUGCCCAUCCCAUAUUUAAAAAGGACCUAUGAAUAUCAUCAAUAUAAACAACUGCCUAUACUAGGAGCAGAUUCAGCCAUAUUAGACAACAGUUGAGAGGCCAACUACUGUGCAAAAACAAUAUGGUCCCUGAAAUAUGUCUAAUCCAACUGGAUCUGCAUCUGGCUUAUAUCUCCCCUUCCUCCACACAAAAUAAUGACUCCUUUUUUUGUAAAGCUUAUGUUAUUUAACAAAAUGAUAACUACUUUUCACCGUUAGUGAUUAAUGACCUUUCAAAAUAAUUUAUCUAGUUACGUGAGGUUUAUUCUCAAAAUCUUUGAAUGGUAUAUUGUGCAGAAUUUGCAGUGACUUUAAACGUUACACUGUUAAAAUAAAUUUUGAUGAACUCCUAUUCAGUAAGGCCUCAGAUGGAACUAUGAAAUAAAUACCAAUGACAAAAGUGAACUACAACCCAAAACUAUAGAACACAAAACGCAGCAGCAACUCUACAAUAUCACUUCAGGUGAAGUAUUUUCAGAAGAAAAAAGACACUCUUAUAUCGUAAGGCAGCAUAACCACAAGGUACUCUAUUGAUCCUAGGCUAUCCCUAAUCCUGAUUGGACUAAGUCCUGGUCUAGCAUCUUAUCCAGGCCUUAGUCUACAUCUUCAUGUAGACUAUAGUCAAAACCUAUGCCUGGCCCUGGGUUAAGACUGAUCAAGCUUAUUGGUCAGAUCUUGGUCCGAACUUGAGACCCUUCAUGGCCCAGACCCUGGGGUCUAGAAUACCAGGAAGGUGCUUCACAAAGAUUCAAGUAUGACCUGAGAGUUGCACUUAAAUGCCGACGCAUAUAUGAAAUGCACAAUCUUAUUAUUUAAUAUGCAGUAGAGCAUGUCCUCUUGGUAUGAUCUGACCAAUGCAGUCAUGCCUUUUAUGACGCGCCAAGCAUUAAAUGCUUCUCUAUGUCACACUUACAUCUUUGUGAAACACCUGAUGGUCUACUUUAUUGUCUAUAUCUUAAUCCAGAUCCUGGUCUAAAUGUGACACCUCCACUUUGUAACAAACAAACCACCAUGGAAUCAACUCUGUAUAAUAACUUUGUGGAUAUACUAUCCACCAUUAGACUUCACACCUAUAUACACUGAGCAACAUCUACAUUCGUAUCUGUUUGGCCACCAGUUAUUUCAUUGUACAUUCUUCUUCAUCCCGCUAUUCACUUCGAUUAACUCUCAAAUUUACUUUUUCAUGUUAUAUGUGUUUACAAAUGCCCUUAUUUUCAUGAAUCAUAAAACGCAUUUAGUCUUCCAGUUUUGAUAUUUCUGUUAACUUUCAUAUUUGUUUCUGAAGAAAAAAGUAUGAAAUAUAUUGAUAUUUGUUUAUUCAUGUCAAAAAUAAAUACCUCUUUCCUUACACCCAUCAAUUAUGCUACCGAUUGUUAUAGGAAAAGUGAACCAUGUACUAUAAACUGUUUACACAUUAGCUAAACUACCAUUGUAUACAUAUAUAUAUAUUUUUCAUAUCCAAGAAUAUCUACAGCACACACACACAAACUGUUCCGAGAGUAAACAAAAUAUGUCCCGUCUAUCCUUGGUUAAGUUUAAUUCAAAUCGUAUCAGUGGUACUAUUUAACAUUCCUGACGGAUCAAAAGCAUGUUUUAAUUAUUAAAUAAAAGCUCUGAAGAAACACAAGGAUAUAAUUAAAGUCAUUAAAUGAUCAUCAAUGAAAAAAUUGUUACAAGCAUUUAUUUAUUUCUUUUUUAGUGUGUAAUAUUGGAUAAUCUAAAUAAUUGUUAAAAAUGUGAGAAUAUAGUAAGCUGAUUGAUAGCUCUUACUUAAAGUCUGUACUACCGGUAUAUAUAUAAUCUGUGUUAAUAAGCAUCAAGUUUGAGUGCCAGUUGUACAUGCACAUUUUGGUUUAAUGGAGUUUAAGCAUCUUGUAUUCAUGUUCCUUUCAAAAGUUUAAAUAGUACCACUGAGAAGGUAGAUUUGAUUGAAUUGUUAACUGUUAGCCUUGUUACCAGCACCAAGAUAUCAAAGCAUUUGUGCUCAUUCAAAUACCCCCAACAAGUAGAAUGUCUUUCUACUUUUUUUUAAAUCCUAUGUCCAGGUCUUGAAUAUAUUUCCGACGUAAAUAGUAAAAGAUAUGAAUGAAAUACAUAUGAUGAAAUUACCCUGAUAAUAUGUGACAAAUUAAGGUUAAAUCUGCAUAUCUAAAUCAUAUCUAGGAAUGUCCUAACAUUUCAUUCUGUUUUGGUUUAGGUAUUACUAUACCAUGUAUAGUAAAAUUUCAAAAUUUUGAGUUUAGAUAAAUAAGUUCCCUAAACUCUUCCUGAAACUUCUUUGUUUACGUGCAGUGAAAAA